UAGGUAUUACUGCACUGUUGGAGCUAGAAACACAAGCAUGUUUGUUUGUUUGUUUGCCACCCCUGCCCUAAAGCAUAGAGAACAUCCCAACAGUCUGCACAAAAAACUUCUUUGUUGUCUUUCAGGAAUAAAUAGCCUACACCCCUGGUUGAGAAUGGARGCUGUUGCUGACAAUUUUGCAAUGAUGGGAAGCAUUAUUGGAUAACUUCUAAACAUCGUUGGCAUGGAUACCACUGUUCUCACUUCCUUCCCCUUUGGAAGAAUCAUUGUCUCAUCCGUUUGUGCGAUCUUUCUCCUGGCCCUCAUGCUCUUGUCGUACCGCGGCAGGACCCAAGCGGUGAUAGGAGUGGGCCGUGCGGUACUGAUAACGGGCUGUGACAGCGGAUUCGGUCAUCAUCUGGCCCGCAGGCUGGAUGCUCAGGGGUUUGUGGUCUUCGCCGGUUGUCUGUUUCCCAACGGAGAUGGUGCCCAAACUCUGCACAGAGAGAGCUCCAGCAACAUGAACAUUCUCAAGCUAGACGUCACUAAAGAUGAAGAUGUGACACAGGCAAGGACUGUGGUCCAAUCUAACCUGCCAGAGAAAGGGCUUUGGGCAGUUGUGAACAAUGCUGGCAUCUCAGACUGGUCAGAGACAGAGUGGAACUCCAUUGAUGAUUAUCGCAAUAUAGCUGAGGUCAACUUAUUUGGCAGCAUCAGGACCUCCCUAGCUUUCCUCCCAUUGGUCCGUACCUCAAAAGGACGGAUGGUGUACGUCUCAAGCAUCUUUGCCUUCUUCAACUGUCUGACCAUGGGGGCCUACAGUAUGUCCAAGAGAGGACUGGAGGCGUUUGCAGACUGCCUACGGGUAGAGAUGGCCGGUUUUGGAGUAAAGGUGAGCAUCAUCCAGCCAGGUAACUUUGGUCCUGCUACCAGCAUCCUGAAGAGGAGAACAGGGACAGAAAUCUGGGAGAAACUGGACGAGGAGCGUCAACAGAUGUUCAACAGACAGUAUGUGGACCUGGCUAAUAACUACCACAUGUCUACAUGUAUGACUGGCAACCAGGACAGCAGCCUGGUCAUAGACGCUAUGGUGGACGCCCUCACAGCGUACAGACCUAAACGCAGAUAUCUGUUGGUCUCUAAGCUGGAUAUGUUGUUCUUCUAUGCCUUUCCCUAUCUGCCGACACGCGUCACUGAUGCAGUUUUCUACCUCAGUCCCAUGUACAACAAAAGAAAAGCAAUGCUUUAUUCCAAAUAGAGAAUAUCUGUAUUAUGCUGGAGUGACAGUAGAAAAAGUGUAUGGCUUUGUGUUAUGUUGUAAUGUGCAAUAUUUUUACAUCGCGCUUCUCACUUAUUCUGUGUUGCGAACUUGCAUGUGUCCCAAAUUCUCUGGGAAGUGUAUGCAUUCCUUCCCACCAACAAUACAUUGGGGAAGAAUAGAAGAUUUCCGGGACGUAACUAAGAGGAUUAGUUACCACAAAAUUACAUAUUUACCUGAUUUGUUUGAUAUUAAUAGUUAGCAAUUGAUACUUAACAAAUAGGAGGAUAUUUCUGUCCUGUUAGUGUCUGUGUUUUUAUGGUCUCCGCUCUAGUUUCCUGCAGCUAAUCUGGGCGUAUGGUCACCAGAGAUGGCUUGAGCUGACAAUUUAGUUAGACUGCAUUACAUAGACGAGAUGUGGUGGGUGUAACCGAGAUGGAGGAGUUUAGAACAAUUCCUCAUUGUCUCUAAAUCAUCCUUGCAUCUGGGAAACUAAGCCAGGGUGGGGUAAAGACAACACCCAUGUGCAGAUAACGACAGGAUGAACCCAGAGUGGUUUGAUGCUCCUUGGUCUGCAUGAGGGGGGUUGAACCAACCAUGACUGAGCAUUGUUAGUGUCAGCUAUAUAUUGUAUUUUGUGUAAAGGUUAGGUUAUUCGGUCCAACACUCAAGGGUGGAGGGUCGACCAGCCUAAUUAUUGCAAUAAUUAAUCGAUAUUUAAUAAAGAUGAUUGUUUGAAGAAAUGA